UUGUGUGCACGACGGUUUAUAUUACCAAAAACACUGAUCUAUAUAGAUAACUAAAUGAACUUUAUACUCUUCAAUCGUCGUUACACUCAUUACAUUUAUUCCUGUUGUGUAUCAUUUGCGUUGUGUUUUGGGCGUUCAGCAGGUCAUAAGAAAUUUGUACCUUGAAAAGAAGAAUUUUUCCCAUGUUACCGCGUUUAUUAUUUAUAUAUUGGGCCUCGUUUACUGUACAAAACAAUACACAUGGCUUCUCAUACGGACGAGUUUGGACGUCCAAAAUCAGUGGGCUUAUACAAUCCUGAACUGGAAAAGGAUGCUUGUGGUGUUGGCUUUAUUGUCAAUAUUAACGGAGAAAGGAACAACAAGAUAAUUGCAGAGUCAUUGGUAAUUUUGCGUCACAUGAGCCACCGUGGGGGAUGUGGAUGUGAUCAAUUUAGUGGUGAUGGCACAGGAAUAAUGACAGCAAUUCCUCAUGAACUUUAUCUCAAGAUUCUGCCUGAAGAAGGGAUGAGUUUUGUUCUCCCUAAACCUGGAUACUAUGCCACUGGCUUGUUUUUCAUGCAAAAUGAUGAAUCACAGAUUGCCAUCUGCAAGAAUUAUUUUGAGGAAUUAGCCGAUGAUUGUGAGAUUAAGGUCCUUGGUUGGCGAAAAGUUGCUGUAAACUGGAAAGUCCCUGGACCAUAUUCUCAUUUGAAAAAACCAGCAAUUGAACAGGUGUUUGUGUCAAGCAGUUUUAAUGAUGUGGAUAGAUUUCGAAAGCAAGUGUUUAUGUUGAGAAAGAUGGCCAGCCGCAUUAUUCCAUCAAAGUGUGAAAGAUUUUAUAUUUGCAGUUUGUCAACAGAAACCAUUGUGUACAAGGGAAUGCUUAAUGUUACACAAUUAGCAGAGUUUUUCCUUGAUCUUGGACAGAAGGAAUUCAAGAGUCACUUUGCCAUUAUUCAUAAUCGAUUUUCUACAAACACAUUUCCAAGCUGGGAACGUGCUCAUCCACAACGUUUCCUUGCACAUAAUGGUGAAAUAAACACUCUCAAGGGUAACAUAAACAAUAUGAGAGCAAGAGAAGGCAUGAUGGACUGCCCUUAUUACAAAGAUAAUCUCCAAAAACUGUUUCCAGUUAUUGAACCUGGAAUGUCAGAUUCGGGCUGUGUUGAUAAUGCUGUUGAGUUCUUAGUGAUGGCAGGGAAGAGAUCAUUACCAGAGGCCAUCAUGACAAUGGUACCUGAAGCUUGGCAGAAUGAUGGAACCAUGUCGUCGGAAAAACGAGACUAUUAUAAAUGGAGUUCGUGCGCAAUGGAACCUUGGGAUGGACCAGCGUUGUUUACUUUCUCCGAUGGUCGUUAUGUCGGAGCAGUUUUGGACAGAAAUGGUCUGAGACCAUCUCGUUAUUACAUCACCACGGAUGGUCGAAUGAUUAUGGCCAGUGAAGUAGGCGUAUCUUCUGUUUCUGAAGAAAUUGUCCAACGAAAGGGUCGUUUGAUGCCCGGGAGACUAUUACUUGUUGAUACACAGCGCGGAGAGGUUAUCAACGAUGAAGAAUUAAAAUACAGUAUUUCAACGCGAAGACCAGUGACAAAAUGGCUGAAAGAAGGAUUAUUUACUUUGCAACAUCUUCACAAUGCUUACAACAAGGACAAAGGAUUACCCGAAGGACAUACUCUUGUCUCUAAAGAGAAUCCUUUGGAAAUAUCAAUUCAUUAUGAUCGCCGUCUACCAACAUUCGGCUAUUCUGUAGAGGAUAUUAGUAUGUUGGUGCUACCAAUGAUUCGCAACAAGAAGGAGGCAAUCGGUUCCAUGGGCAAUGACACUCCUCUAGCAUGUCUGACAAUGCAUCCACAGUUACUUUUCGAUUAUUUCAAACAACUUUUCGCUCAGGUCACUAAUCCUCCAAUUGAUCCCUUCCGAGAAACCAUUGUCAUAUCACUGGCAUGUCCUAUUGGCCCUGAGAGUAACUUACUAGACCCAGGUCUUCGGCAAUGUGAGAGAUUAUAUCUUGAUCAUCCAAUCAUUUCGCUCGGUGAUCUUGAAGUAAUAAAAGAAUGUAGUUUACCAAAAUGGAAGGCUCAAGUCAUUGACACUGUCUACGAUGUUCAAGAAGGAACGGAUGGUCUAGUUCCAGCUUUAGAUAGCUUCUGUCAACAAGCUUCUGAUGCAAUCAAAAACAAGAACGCCUUUAUCAUUUUAUCGGAUCGCCUCGCCAGUAAAAGUAGAGUUCCCGUGAGUUCGUUGUUGGCUCUUGGUGCUGUUCAUCACUAUCUGUUGAAGACAAAACAAAGACCAAGAGUUAGCAUAAUCGUUGAAACUGCUGAAGCGAGAGAGAUUCAUCACUUUUGUCUGUUGCUUGGUUACGGUGCAGACGCAAUCUGUCCGUAUUUGGUGUUUGAAGUUGUUCAGAUAUUGAGACGCGAAGGUUUGCUCGAUCCUCCUUUAUCCGACAAAGAAGUUUAUAAAAAUCUUCAAACCGCUUCGUUCACUGGUAUUUCUAAAGUUAUGGCUAAAAUGGGCAUUUCAACCUUACAAAGUUACAAAGCAGCACAAAUAUUUGAAGCUGUUGGUCUGAAUGAAGAGGUGAUUGAAAAAUGUUUUACUGGAACGGCAUCUAGAAUCUCUGGAGUAACAUUUAAAGUUUUGGCUCAAGAGGCAAUGGAUCGCCACAGGAUUGCUUAUGCAGAUCGUGAUACAGACAACGUAUUGGUUAACAACUGGGGUGAAUACCACUGGAGAGAUGGGGGAGAGAAACAUGUCAACGAUCCUCGGAGUAUUGGAUUAUUGCAGGAUGCUUCAAGAGGAAACAACACGAAAACAUUCAAGAAGUUUGUCGAGUCUACUUGGAGAAUGGUUAAAGCUUGCACACUUCGUGGACAGAUGGAAUUUAAUUUUGCCAAUAAACCUCUUGACUUGAAUGAAGUCGAACCUGCUUCAGAGAUUGUCAAACGAUUUUGUACAGGGGCCAUGAGUUUUGGUUCAAUAUCAAUAGAAACACACGAGACUCUUGCUGUUGCGAUGAACAGAAUGGGAGGCAAAAGUAAUACAGGUGAAGGUGGCGAAACUCCAGAACGUCUAACAAUUACUGAUGAGUUACACAAUACAAGAUCUGCCAUCAAACAAAUUGCUUCUGGUAGAUUUGGUGUAAACAGCGCAUAUCUUGCUCACGCUGAUGACCUGCAAAUUAAAAUGGCUCAGGGUGCCAAACCCGGUGAAGGGGGUGAACUUCCGGGACAUAAGGUUACACCGGAAAUAGCUAAAACACGAUUAUCAACUCCAGGUGUUGCGCUAAUUAGUCCACCACCUCACCACGAUAUUUACUCCAUCGAAGAUCUUGCUGAGUUAAUCUUCAAUUUGAAAUGUUCAAAUCCUAAGUCAAGAAUCAGUGUAAAACUUGUCUCUGAAGUGGGUGUUGGCGUCAUUGCCGCUGGUGUUGCUAAGGGUCACGCCGAACACAUCGUAAUAUCAGGUCAUGAUGGGGGAACUGGUGCGAGCUCUUGGACUGGUAUCAAGCACGCUGGAUUACCUUGGGAACUGGGUUUGAGUGAGACUCAUCAAACUUUAGUGUUGAAUAAUUUACGACGUCGUGUGGUCUUGCAAACCGAUGGUCAGUUGAGGACAGGAAGAGAUGUUACCAUUGCUGCGUUACUUGGAGCUGAUGAAUAUGCAUUUUCUACUGCUCCUUUGAUCAGUUUAGGAUGUACGAUGAUGAGAAAAUGCCACUUGAAUACUUGUCCUGUUGGCAUAGCAACCCAGGAUCCAGUUUUGAGAAAGAAAUUCGACGGGAAACCAGAGUAUGUAAUCAACUAUUUCUUCAUGAUUGCUGAAGAGAUAAGGGAGUAUAUGGCGCAAUUGGGAUUUAAGACAAUGAAAGAAAUGAUUGGUCAAACGCAAUGUUUAAGAGAGAGUAGUGAUCCUCUAAAUAUGAAAACUAAGCUUCUAGACUUUGGAAAAAUUUUGGUUCCUGCUUCUACAUUAAACGAAGGUGAUCAUUAUGGUGGAACUGAAGAACAGGAGUUUGGUUUAUUUGAUCGAAUGGAAAAUAAACUUGAGUCGGCCGUCCUCGAAGUUCUCGAAGGAAGAAGAAAGAAUGUUACCAUGGAGAUGAAUAUUGGUAACGAAGACAGAAGCUUUGGUACCACAACAAGUUAUCAUAUUGCCAAAAAGCUCAUGGACACAGGUCUUUCUGAAGACACUAUUGUGAAGCUCAAUGGCUCAGCAGGUCAGAGUUUUGGUGCGUUCAUCUGCAAAGGCAUCACGCUUGAACUUGAAGGAGAUGCAAAUGAUUACGUUGGAAAAGGACUUUCUGGUGGGAAGAUAAUACUCUAUCCUAGCAAAAAAUUACCCGAAGGAUUCAAAGCCGAGGAAAACAUUAUUGCAGGCAAUGUCUGCUUGUAUGGUGCAACAUCGGGAAAAGCGUACUUCAGAGGAGUUACCGCUGAGAGAUUUUGUGUUCGUAACUCGGGCGCACUUGCUGUAUGCGAGGGUUGUGGUGAUCAUGGAUGCGAGUACAUGACAGGGGGAACAGUCGUGAUUUUGGGACCAACUGGACGCAAUUUUGCUGCUGGAAUGUCUGGCGGCGUUGCUUUUAUAUACGACCGUUUAGGGAAAUUUUCAAAUCUUUGUAACACAGAGAAAGUUGACCUUGACCCGCUAUCAGAAGAAAACCAGACCACUCUUAAAAACAUCGUUCAGGAUCAUUUUCAUUACACUCGAUCCGAAGUGGCCAAGAAUCUGUUACAAAACUGGAAUGAUUCUUUACGCUACUUCGUGAAGGUCAUUCCACGCGAGUAUAAAUUGGCUUUAGAACGUCAAAAUAAAGAGAAAUACGAGAAAGAAAAGAAUGAAAAAAAUGAGAAGAUUUCACUUGAGAUAAAAGAUGAGAUGCCACCUUUGAAAAACGAUGGAGGAAAUGAAAUAGCUGAUAUUGAAGAAGCAGUUUUGAUUGGCGAAGAAAACAAGAACAUCGACAAGCAAAGAGGUUUCGUUCAAUACAAGAGACGAGCGAACGCAUAUAGACCUGCAAAGAAACGGUUAGAAGAUUGGAAAGAGAUCUAUAAUCACCCUAAGAAUAAAGAAUUAAAGGUUCAGACAGCAAGGUGCAUGGAUUGUGGCGUUCCAUUCUGUCAAUCAAAAACUGGUUGUCCUCUUGGAAAUGUUAUUCCCAGAUGGAACGACCUUGUCUUCCAUGGUCAAUGGCAAGAUGCAUUAGACAGAUUGUUGCAGACUAAUAAUUUUCCUGAGUUUACUGGAAGAGUUUGUCCGGCUCCUUGCGAGGGUGCUUGUGUAUUGAGUAUAAACUCUAAACCUGUGACGAUCAAGAGUAUUGAAUGCAAAAUAAUUGAUGUUGCCUUUGAGAAAGGAUGGAUGAAACCACAGCCUCCUCAGUCACGCACUAGUAAAACAGUCGCAAUUAUAGGCAGUGGUCCUGCAGGAUUGGCUGCGGCAGCUCAGCUCAACAAGGCCGGUCAUCUGGUUACAGUGUACGAGAAAAACGAUAAAUGCGGAGGAUUAAUGAUGUAUGGUAUUCCUUCAAUGAAGAUCGAAAAACAGAUUGUCGACAGGCGCAUUAAACUUAUGUCUGACGAAGGAAUACAGUUCCUUCCUAACACGGAGAUUGGUAAGGAUAUUUCUGGCAAAAAGCUACUCGCUUCAUACAACGCUGUCCUCCUUGCCAUUGGUUCAACUGUACCACGUGAUCUGCAAAUCCCAGGUCGUGAACUCAAAGGCAUUUUAUUUGCGAUGGAUUUCCUCGAACAAAAUCAGAAGAAGCAAUUUGGAUAUCUCAAAGGAGACGUUGUUGAUGCGCAUGACAAGAACGUGAUUGUCAUUGGCGGAGGAGAUACUGGGGUCGACUGUGUGGCAACAUGUGUCAGACAGAAUGCAAGAAAGAUUAUGACGUUUGAAUUGUUGAGUGAACCUCCAAAGGAUCGCGGUGCGUACAAUCCUUGGCCUCAGUGGCCGCGCGUCUUCAGAAUAGAGUAUGGGCACGAGGAGGUUGCCAUAAAGUAUGGAAAAGACCCGAGGCUUUACAAUACCCUUAGCAAGGAGUUUCUAGGAGAUGGCAAAGGAAAUAUUUCUGGAAUAAGAACCGUGAAAGUUGAAUGGGUUAAGAAUGCUUAUGGUCGAUGGGAGAUGAUGGAAAUACCUAACUCCGAACAAAUUGUCAAAGCCGAUCUAGUUUUGAUAGCUCUUGGUUUUACGGGUCCUUCAAAGACUCUUUCGAAACAACUUGGCCUGAAAAUUGACAUGCGAUCAAACUUUGCAACUGAAAGGAAAAGUUUUAAAACCAAUUUAGAACAUGUCUAUGCAGCUGGAGAUUGCCGAUUCGGUCAAUCAUUGGUUGUGACCGCCAUUGCUGAGGGAAGACAAGCAGCUAGACAGAUUGAUCUUGAGCUCAUGGGUACAACGUCAUUGGCUGGUCCUGGUGGCGUUAUCAUCAACCACGACGAUCAAAAUAAAGUGAGAUCCAACUGAUUUAUCUGUGACAACACAGCAGACUUCUAAAUUGCAAGAUUUAGCUAGCUUUCAAAACAUUGCUGAUAAGGGCGGGCGUAUUAAUACUUAUAUAUAGAAUAACGGAAACGGGGAAACUAUAUGGUAUGAAUGUUAAUAAUUUUAAAUUUAGUGGAUUUUAAACUUGCUGGGAUGUGUAUAUUAAACGUGAUUUUAGCUUUAA